CAUUAUAAUCGAUGUUGCACUUGUAAUCCUUAGGUGUACAUUACAUUGCGUCAUAUGCAUGUUAGAAGCAUCUGUAUUAGUGACAGGAUGCGACAGUGGCAUAGGUUUGGAAUUAUGUCGCAUCCUUCCUAAACAUGCCUACUAUGUUAUCGCAAUCUGUAAGACAAAUGAUGGGCGUAUUCGUGCCAAUCGGGCCAUCGAUCCAAAUUUUGUUAGUCAUGAUAUUAACAACAGUAGAAUUAAUUUCAUGAAGUUAGGUUGUUCAUUCCUCGGUGAUGUCGCCAACCAAGAUGAAAUUGAAUCUAUAAGAAUCGACAUUAAAGAAUUGAUAGACAAUGGCAUAGUACCGCCUCUUUAUGCGUUAAUUAACAAUGCAGCUAUUUGGAGAUUCUCAUUACUAACCGAAGCUUUUGUAACAAAGGAUACACGUAAAAAGGAAAUCUCCAUGUGGAAUGAAGUGAUAAAUACUAACUUGUUUGGCUCAUUAAUUACUGUGUUAUGUUUUACCAAUAUGCUGAAAGCACAUGAAAAUGGUAAUCAGCCCCGAGUUAUAUUCAUCUCAAGUGUACUGGAUAGGAAUUCUCUGCCAGGACAAGGUGCCUAUGUGACUUCCAAAUAUGGUAUAUCAGCUAUCCAUGAAACAUUAUGUCAUGAGUUACAUGACAGUGGCAUAUACCCGGUGAUAAUUCGUCCUGGAGCACUGAAAAACACGAAUUUGUUUGUGAAGGAUUUAAGACUGCAUAAUCCACCAUGUGAAUGCCCACUGACAAGCACAGAGGUCAUGAGAGAGUCAUACAGAAUAUUAUUGAAUUGUGGUCAGGAUUGUAACAUCGUUGCCAGAACGAUACUUCAGGCUCUGGACCAGCGAAAACCCCGAUAUGAGUACUCCAAUUUUAUGGGAGCCAUGCCGUUUAGGAUCGCGGAGUACAUACCGCGUUGGAUUUUUGUUAACGUGGUCAAGAUUGUGUUGCAGAAAUUAGCAUUGCUGUACUUCCCUGCACAAAACCUACUGCGUAAAUGGUUUGUGUUUAAAAGAAAUUAAUUUGGAUGGAUUCUUUUCAUUAUUUCUUAGAAUCAUCUUGCGA